AUGUCAAAUAAUCCAUCCACUUCUGUAACUCCCUCUCACGUCACAAUAUCUUCCUACCAUGAGAAUGGAGGCAUUUCUUUCUUCUGGAGCUGGUCAUACUGGAGUACGUUUUUGCUUACAUGGGUUGUUGUGCCCCUUAUUCAGGGUUUUGAAGAUGCUGGCGACUUCACUGUAUCAGAAAGAUUGAAGACUAGUUUACAUGUUAACUUGAUCUUUUAUGUAAUUGUGGGAUCCAUUGGCUUGUUUGGAAUUAUUCUUAUCAUUAUGAUGCAUCGGCACUGGAGUAGAGGCCUUCUGGGAUUAGCCAUGGCUUGCUCGAAUACUUUUGGACUUGUUACUGGAGCAUUUCUUCUUGGCUUUGGUUUAAGUGAAAUUCCCAAAGGCAUUUGGAAAAAUUCUGAUUGGACAAUCCGACAGAAAGUUCUUUCCCACAAGAUUGCCAAAAUGGCUGUUAAGCUAGAUGAUGCUCACCAAGAACUUUCAAAUGCUAUUGUUGUUGCUCAAGCCACAUCCAACCAAAUGUCCAAGCGUGAUCCCCUGAGACCUUACAUGAAUGUAAUUGAUGAUAUGCUAACACAAAUGUUUAGGGAAGAUCCAUUCUUCAAACCACAAGGUGGCCAAUUAGGGGAAAGUGAUAUGGAUUAUGACACUGAUGAGAAGUCAAUGGCAACACUUAGGCGUCAUCUUCGAGGAGCAACUGAGGAGUACUAUAGGUACAAAAGUGAGUAUAUAACUUACGUGUUGGAAGCCCUUGAAUUGGAAGAUGUGAUAAAGAAUUAUGAUCGCCGCAACUCUUCUGGAUGGAAAUAUAUAUCAAGCUUUAGACCUGCUCGGACAGGGAACUUUGGGUCUUUAUGUGACACUUUAGAAUUUUUCUGGCGAUGCAUAUUAAGAAAGCAAGUCCAGAAAGGCUUCGCUGUUAUACUUGGUGUCAUGUCCGUUACAAUUCUUUUAGCAGAGGCUACUCUUCUACCUAGUGUUGAUCUAUCACUUUUCUCUGUUCUUAUAAACUCUGUUGGAAAACAGGAGGUGCUUGUGCAGGUAGAUUAA